AUGAAACAUGAUUCCACAAAAAGUGAGUUGAACGUGAAGAAUGGUAGGGGAAGUGGAACUAACUCCAACAACUAUAUUGGAUACUAUAUAAAGCCAUACCAAAGUGAGAAAAAAGAUUGGUGUCAUGACAAAAGAGAACUUCUACUUGUUUAUGAGUUCAUGGAAAAUGGAAGCUUAGAUUACCAUCUCUUCAAAGAAAAAAGCUUGUUGACAUGGGCAAUGAGAUACAAAAUUGCUCAAGGCCUAGCUUCGACAUUGCUCUAUUUACAUGAAGAAUGGGAACAAUGUGUGGUGCACAGGGAUGUAAACAUGUUGGAUUCUAAUUUCAAUGCCAAACUUGGGGAUUUUGGAUUAGCUAGACUUGUCGAUCAUGGAAAAGACUCUCAAACAACUAUUUUGACGGGGACUAGGGGCUACAUAGCACCAGAAUGCGUAAUCACAGGAAAAGCGAAUAAGGAAUCAGAUGUUUACAGUUUUAGAGUUGUGGCAUUGGAGAUAGCUUGUCGAAGAAAACCUAUCGAUUUGGGUGUUUCAGAAAGUCAGAUGAGAAUGAUAGAGUGGGUUUAG